AUGGCCGAAGCAGUGGCUGUGAUUGGCCUGCUAUCCUCCAUCAUACAACUCGUCGAUUUCAGUUCAAACCUCCUUGACCGCCUCCAUGAUUUCGUGACAACAACCAAAGAGGUGCCUGAUGUGUUUCGGAAUAUUUGUGUUCAACUGCCUCUCACGACAGCGACCUUACAGAGACUGUCCCGCCGUAUUAGCGAGAAUGGGCUCAGCAGUGAUGAGCAGAAGGCGCUCCAGGCGAUCGUGGAUCGUACCAUGGAAUUGAUCCACAAUAUCAAUGAGGUUCUCUCAAAAACCAUUCCUUCCAAGACCUCUUCUUCCUUUGAGAAACGAGUCCUUGCGCUCCAGAGUUUGCGAUACGACAAAAGAAUUCAGACAGCCAGCGCGCAAUUACUACAGAAUGUGAACCUGUUGACCUUCUUUCAGACCACCCAAAUCCACGAUAACUCAACAAGGUCUGCUCGAAGAUUGUCGGGAACCACAUUUAUCGAUGUACCGGAAGUCCUAGAUUUUCAACAUGGACUAAAUCUAGGGGGUGCACCUCACCUGGCAGAGGGUAAUUUUGUCGGGCGGGAGCUGGAGUUGAAACAGCUCAGUAACAUGUUGAAGCCUGACUCACAAAGGCAAUCUAUCGUCGCCGUCGUCGGCAUGGGUGGUAUGGGAAAGACUCAGUUGUGCAUUGAAUAUGCAGUAACUCACCAAGAUUUGUACUCAUCCAUUUUUUGGCUGAAUGCUCAAGACGAGUCGUCACUACGCGCAGACCUUCUAAGCGUAGCGAACAUUGUCCUAUCAGCUCAGGAGAGCAAGUUGAGAUCAAAGACAGACGAGGAUGAUAUUAUUCGAGAACUCCGACAGUGGCUCUCUCAGCCCAAAAACCGAAAUUGGCUGCUGAUCUUGGACAAUUUAGACAACCCAAAAAUGCCAACCGACAACGACCCUUCGGCUCUUGACGUACGAGAGUAUUUCCCCUAUCGAUCCCAAGGCUCAAUCCUGAUAACAACUCGAGCUCGGACACUUCAUUUUGCUAAGCAAUUGCCACUUCGAAAACUUGAGACUCUUGAGCAAGGGUUGGAGAUGCUUUCUGUACGCUCUGGCCGACUUAUCACCACAGAUGAUGAUGCGAAGGAGUUAGUUCGUCGCUUGGAUGGUCUUCCGCUUGCCCUUACUUCAGCGGCUUCCUUUCUGGAGCGCACGACGUGCACCAUACAGGAGUAUCUGAAGGAGUACAAAGAAAACUGGGUCAAAAAUGAAGCGGAGAGCUUAUUCGAAUAUGGGGAUCGUACCUUGUUCACAACUUGGAAUAUGUCAGUCGAGAAACUUAAGAAUCAGGACGAUCCCGCGGUUGAGUUAUUACGGAUUUCAGCCUAUUUCAGCAACGAGAACAUAUACUAUGAACUAUUAUCAGGAGGAGACCCCAAUGUUUGGCCAAUCUUGGGGGACAUUCGACAGAACAAGGCGACGUUUGACCGUUCGAUGGCUAAACUCCGAGACUACUCUUUAAUCGAAACUACUCAUCGAGGCUAUCGUUUACAUCCGUGCGUUCAUGAUUGGACGCUUUCAAGCCUGAACCAAACUAUUGUUGACGCGGAUGUCUGGGGUGCCGCGAAGUGCACUGUGGCGGCAUCAGGCUUCUCAAUAUGGGCAACCGACUACGAUCAAGCUCUAUCACGACAUGCGUCACAUGUGAUAAGGCUCACGCACCCGCUGUUGUAUGAUGUGUUGAUACACGGCGAGCUGAAUGAAGAUCGUUGUGAUGCGUUGACUGGAUUGGGUCAAAUCCUUCAUGAUGUAGGACGAAUUCAGGAGGCUAUGCCGCUCAUGACCCGUGCUCUACUAUGGUCUCAAGAACAUCUGGGUGAAGCGCACGAGACUUUCCUUUACGCCUGCAGCAUGGUCGGUCUCUUUCAAAAAGACCUGGGGAACUUCGCCGAGGCAGAGGACCUGAUCAAAAUUGCAACGUACGGACGUGCACGAACUCUGGGCCCAUAUCACACGAGCACUCUGGACCCAGUCCAUAACCUGGGAAUUCUUUAUCUCGAUCUCGACCAGUUCCAAGAAGCAGAGCAGAUGUACCUCUGGUCCCUGACUGGGUGCGAGCAGAGCUACGGACCACAAGAUGUGAACACAUUUUGGGCAAUGAUGGCACUCGCAGAAUGCUACAUGGCACAGGACAAGCUUGACGAGGCUGCUAGGCAAUUCGAGCGAGCACUGGAGGGUUUCGACAUGUCCAUCGACAAUGAUCACGCCUUCAGUCGUAGAACUGCAUCUAAGCUUGGCAUGAUCUAUGAGCAGAAGGGAGCGUACACUUCAGCCGCAGCCAUGUACCAGCGUGUUCAUGAGAGCUGCCGACAACUUUUCGGCCAAGACCAUUGGUCAACGCUCGAAGCAAAAGAUGACUUGGACAGGCUUCAAAGCAAGUGCUUGUCAAUAGCAAGUGCAGCAUCACCACCUGGAUUAAACGAAAGUCCACCCACCCCACCCACGGACGAUGCCGCUGUCGCAAGCCUUCAAUCAUCAGACGAAGAUGUGGAUGAUGAAGGCUCUCCAGAAGGCGCUCAUGAUGCUGGGGAGCCAUUUGGGAUUCCUUUCAGACCUUCAAAAUCAUUCCCGCUCUCUUGCCACAGAUGUCGUGUACCAUUGACGGCCGAGACGAAGAGAUUCAUUUGCUGCUUCUGCGACGACCACGAACUUUGUGGAGACUGUCACACACAGCUUCGAUCCAAACAGCAGAGUGAUCCAGACCAGGAGAAGCAACAUGAUCGGCACAUUUUCCUGUCAUGCGACUUUCCAGAGCCAGCCCCUUGA